AGAAGGUGUCUACAUUGUACUGCGUCAUUGCAUAAGACUAGGGCACAUCACUGGCAACCAGCCAUCUUCUCCUCCUACAACGAAACCCUGUUUUUGUCUUUCUCUUCUUUUUGCCAUGAAUGAGUCAAACCCCAAAGUGUUUAGCUGUCCAGCUCCACUCCCCCAUCACCAGAACUCCCUCCUUUUUCUGGCUUCAAGGCAAUUUAAAGGUUGCACCUCAGUCCAAGAAAGUGGCAAGAACCCCUAACCCUUGCAGUGGUAUGUUUUUGGGUUCAUUCUCUUUCUGGGAACUGAGCAGUGCUCACUGAACAUCUUAGUCAAGCUGGACCAUCUACCUGCUUCUGAUUCCAUGUCUUCUCUAGAGGAUGAACUAAACUGCGACAGCAUGGCACAAAAAGAGAAGCUUCAGUGUCUGAAGGACUUCCAUAAGGACACUCUGAAGCCAUCCCCGGGGAAAAGUCCCGGCACCCGACCUGAAGAUGAGGCUGAGGGCAAACAUCCUCAGCGGGAGAAGUGGGCCAGCAAGCUUGACUUUCUUCUGUCUGUGGCUGGAGGCUUUGUUGGUUUAGGAAAUGUCUGGCGUUUCCCAUACCUCUGCUAUAAGAAUGGUGGUGGUGCAUUUCUCAUACCGUACUUCAUUUUCCUGUUUGGUGGAGGCCUGCCUGUGUUUUUCCUGGAGGUGGCUCUUGGCCAGUUCACCUCUCAGGGAGGAAUCACUUGUUGGGAAAAAAUCUGCCCCAUCUUUACUGGUAUCGGCUAUGCUUCCAUUGUGAUCGUUUCCCUACUGAACGUCUACUACAUUGUGAUUUUGGCUUGGGGCUUGUACUACCUGUUCCAGUCCUUCCAUCCUGACAUUCCCUGGGCCAGUUGCAAUAAUAAAUGGAACACAGAGAGCUGUAUCGAGGACAUAUUCCGCAAGAACAUGAGCCUUGCUAAUGCUACCAACUUCACUUCACCAGUCACCGAGUUUUGGGAGCGCAAUGUCCUCAGUAUUUCGGAUGGUAUUGAGAACAUAGGCCCUGUUAAAUGGGACCUGGCUCUGUGUCUCCUUGCUAUGUGGGUCAUCUGUUUUUUCUGCAUAUGGAAGGGUGUCAAGUCCACAGGAAAGGUUGUGUACAUCACAGCAACCUUUCCAUUUGUCAUGCUGGCUGUUCUCCUGAUCAGGGGUGUCACACUUCCCGGGGCAGCCGCAGGCAUCAAAUUCUAUCUGUAUCCAAAUGUCACUCGUCUGCAGGAUCCUGAGGUUUGGAUUGAUGCAGGGACACAGAUUUUCUUUUCCUAUGCCAUUUGUCUGGGAGCAAUGACAUCACUGGGGAGCUACAACAAGUACAAAUACAACUGCUACAGGGACUGUUUGCUGCUGGGAGGCCUGAACAGCGCUACAAGUUUUGUGUCUGGCUUCGCAAUAUUUUCCAUCCUGGGCUUCAUGGCACAAGAGCAAGGGGUGGACAUUGCUGAUGUGGCAGAGUCAGGUCCUGGCUUGGCCUUUAUUGCUUACCCUAAAGCUGUGACAAUGAUGCCACUGCCUACAUUUUGGGCCAUUCUCUUCUUCAUCAUGCUUCUGCUACUAGGUCUCGACAGUCAGUUUGUUGAAGUGGAAGGACAGAUCACCUCAUUGGUGGAUUUGUAUCCAUCCUUCCUACGGAAGGGUUACCGUCGAGAAAUCUUCAUAGCUAUAAUAUGCUUUGUAAGCUACCUGCUGGGACUUGCCAUGGUCACUAAGGGUGGCAUGUAUGUGUUUCAGCUCUUUGACUACUAUGCAGCCAGUGGUGUGUGCCUUUUGUGGGUUGCAUUCUUUGAAUGCAUUGCAGUAGCCUGGAUUUAUGGUGCUGAUAAUUUCUAUGAUGCAAUUGAGGACAUGAUCGGAUACAGACCAAAUCCUUGGAUGAAGUGGUGCUGGACUGCAAUCACACCUUUUCUUUGUGUGGGAUGUUUCAUUUUCUCUUUGGUCAAAUACAAGCCUCUGACGUACAACAAAGUCUAUGAGUAUCCAGACUGGGCCAUUGGUUUGGGCUGGACCCUCGCCCUUUCCUCCAUGAUUUGCAUACCUAUGGUGUUUGUGAUCAAGAUCAUUCAGUCUGAAGGCCCUCUAAUUGAGAGGAUUAAAGCAAUGGCAGCUCCAGUGCGAGGCAGUACAAAUUCAUGUCCUCAGGAGUACCGACCGAAGGGCUCAGAACAGGCACAUCCUCUUGACCCUAACGGGAACAACGGCUUGAUCAAGCCCAGCCACACUAUUGUAGAAACCAUGAUAUACACCACCACCAUUUUCAUUCCCCAAUAAAGCACUGUGGCAGUGGGAUCUCAGCAGCAUAUUGUACAUAGCUGAUUCUCAGACGCUAUAAUCUUCUGUUUCUCAAAAUAAACCUCAUUGACUUGCAUCGAACAAUCCAAAUACCAAUUGUUGUUAGCUUCACUGUUUACCAUUGACUUCAGUGAUAUUUGGAGGAUUGGCUUUACUGAUGUUUUUUCCAUUUCAUUUAUCGUAACAUGGAUCAUCAUACUGUAUCUAUUUUUUUCUCGAAGAAUUGCAAUACACAUUUUAGGAUUACUUUUACAGAUAAUUACAACGUUUUACAAUAUAAUACAAUAUAUACUCUAUAAUAAAAUAAUAUCAUCUGGACACAAAUAUAGUUUUGGUUUGCAGUGAUCAAAGUUCAGAUUUUCUUUCUUUUUUUGAUCUUACAUCUUUACAUUUCAUACUUGUAUAAUAGGUCAAAAGAAUGGACAGAUAUGAAAUUCUAUAUUAUUAAUAGAAAAUCACCUGUUAUCACAAAACCAUUAACUAUGCAUAAUAAAUUUGACUGUAUUUGUAAUUUUUCAGACAAAGAUUUUUAAAGAAAUACCAUUGGAAAGAUUAUUUCUUGAUAUUAUGUAGAAAUGUUUAACUCUCUGCCUUUGAAUGAGGUACAUCCAGAUUAGUUCAUACACUGUAUUUAUAUACAAUCUAUUGUUUUAAUCUUAUAUCUUAUUCACUGUCACUUUUACUUUGUUAUUGCACCAAUGAACAAUAUUUUUCUUAGGCAUUUAAGUUUAAUAACCCAAAAAAAUGAAACUAUAUAUUGCUAAUAAAGUUUGAUAAACAACAAUGUAAUAACAGUAUGUUGAUGAGCUGUAAUCACAAUAAAAAUAAAACAAAUAUGAAAUCA